AUGGUGUCACACACCGGAUAUCGACCACAUCAUCCACAAACAAAUGACCAAGCUGAAGUGUCAAAUCAAGAAGUCAAACAAAUUCUUGAGAAGACGGUUAACACUACACGAAAAUAUUGGAGCUUGAAGUUAGAAGAUGCAUUGUGGGCGUAUCGGACCGCCUACAAAACUCCAAUUGGUAUGUCUCCAUUCCGCCUCGUCUAUGGAAAGUCUUGUCAUUUACCGGUGGAAUUGGAACACAAGGCAUAUUGGGCGGUUAAAAAGUGCAAUUUCAAUCUUGAAGAAAGUGGAAAGCAACGAAAAAUGCAACUUCAAGAAAUCGAGGAGUUGAGGAACGAGUCUUAUGCAAAUGCAAGCAUCUACAAAGACAAGACAAAAUCGUUUCAUGACAAGCACAUCACUCGAAAGCAUUUUUAUUUCGGGCCAAAAAGUUCUUCUUUAUCAUUCACGCUUAAAGUUAUUCCCGGGAAAGUUGCGAUCUCGAUGGCACGGAUCUUUUAUUGUUAUAAAAGUGUUUGA